GUCAUUAGGUAACUGAGGGUACGCUGACCGUGGUGGAAGCCCAGGAAGAGGAGGAAAACGAGGCUGGUGGGUCUUGUGGUUAGGGGAGAAAGGACCUUCAGAAGUCGGAGUUGAGACGCGACGGAGGUGCGGCAGAGCCGGGACGCUAAGAAUGGCUUCCUUUGGAUGGAAGAGAAGAAUUGGGGAGAAGGUCUCAAAGGUCACUUCACAGCAGUUUGAAGCCGAAGCUGCUGAUGAGAAGGAUGUAGUUGAGAAUGAAGAAGGGAGCUGGCUUCAUGCGGUUAAACGCAGGAAAGAAAGUCUCCUCGAGGGCUGUGUUGAGAAAAGUAAGCAGCUGAAGGAUGAAGGAGCCAGUUUGGUUGAAAAUAAAAGGUAUCGAGAAGCGAUUCAAAAAUGGGACGAAGCACUGCAGUUAACCCCAGAUGAUGCUACCCUGUACGAGAUGAAAUCACAGGUCCUAAUGUCUCUUCAUGAAAUGUUCCCUGCAGUACAUGCAGCUGAAAUGGCCGUGCAGAGAAACCCACAUUCAUGGGAGUCUUGGCAAACUUUGGGACGUGCUCAGCUUGGAUUAGGAGAGAUAGUCCUGGCAAUUCGAAGUUUUCAGGUAGCCCUUCACAUCUAUCCAAUGAACCCUGAAAUAUGGAAAGAAGACCUUUCUUGGGCAAGAACACUCCAGGAGCAGCAGAAGGUAGCACAGAAGAUUAAGAAGUGUGACGCGUCAGCGGAAAUGACACAUUUCUCACCAAAGUCAAUCCCCGACUAUGACUUUGAAAGUGAUGAGAUUGUUGCUGUUUGUGCAGCAAUUGCGGAGAAACAGAAGACAGUUUCAGCAAAUAAGACAAUGGUUAUUGUUUCGGCCUCUGGGACUGUAGAGACGGUCACUGAGAAGGAAGAUGGUGCUACACCACCAGAUGGCUCUGUUUUUAUCAAAGCCCGAUAAAGUAGCAGGAACCCUUUGAAUCUGGCUUUUUGAUUGCUCUUAAAGUUUGAGGCCUAGGGACAUCUACUGUGGAGAGACAGAAUAAAACUCCUGUUUGUAAAAUGAGUUUUGCAGAUGAGGCAUAUAAAAACUAAAUGAUAGAAUUAUCGUGUAGUGUUUGGGCUGUGCUUUGAUAAGUUACGAUUUAAACUUCUUAAGAUUAGAAUUGUGAGUACAGUGGGGUUUGAUUAAUAAACUUAAAAAAAUAAUCCAAAAAUGUAAGUGAAUGCAUUUUAAAGACACAACUUGAAAAGUGAAUUCUCUAAUAAUGAAUAACUUGAUGGCCAGUGUUAUUAAAAUGUUGACUCGUUGGCUUUUGUUUCACGAUAAAGGAAGUUGGUGAUUUCUUUCCCUCCUAAUACUCCUGUUACUAUUCACUCUUCUGUUUUUCUGGUUGCAUUAGAGGAAGUCUCCCAAAGCUCAAAUAUUUUUUGACAUUUAUUUUGAUUCAAAGUUGUCAUUUGGUUAUUUUUGGAAUCUUUGAAAGUUUGGCUGAAAAUGCAUGCAACUGUGUACAUUCUAAACAUUUUCUGGACUUUCUCUUCAUUCUGAUUUGUGCUUAUAUUUUGACUUCAAAAUUAUUACAACAAUGGUAGUUGCCUUCUUCAGUAUUAGAUAUGUGAAAUACUGAUCAAUGUCACAAUGAUGGUUUUAUUGUUUUAGUUGUAAAAGUAGAGUAUUCCUUACCACAAGUGAGUCAUGUUUAAGAUGUGCAUUUUUGAAAAAUGCUUUUAUCGAUGUGUCCUAUCAAAUUGUACUGCUGCACUGGCGCAGUCAAAAGUAGUAUUUUCUUCUCCUUAUUUUUAAAAGCUUAAAAACUCUGAAAAAAACUUACCUUUUGCUUUUAACGUUCCAGCUGACGGUUUGGAAUUCUUUUUCUAGAUAACUUUUUUGGAACUACUCAAUUAAAUUACAAUUUUAAAUAGCUAAAUUAUGUCUUUCUAAAAAAGUAGGGAUGUUUAUGAGUGUCAGUGAAUGUAUAUAUCUUGGACAUGACAUACAUAGGAACUGAAACAUGACUUAACAGUACAAUCCCAUGAGUAGAGAAGAAUAUAUUUAAAGAAAUAUUUCGUUGAAAGGCCACGAUCGCAUUCACAAAUCAAUACUGUCAUUGCUAAUAUGAGUUAUUUUUAUACUACACAUAUUAUAGUACAAUUAUAUAGAACUACUGGGUCCUGUUACUUCUGACACUCAGGAAGCUAUUUUUGCUGUAAAAUUAAUUUUUUCCCUGUCAGAGAUGAAAGUAAGCUGUUUUAAAGAAUCUUACCUUAACCUGUUGGAGCAUGUAAGUAAUGGUCUACAUUUUUCUGAGAUGAUUUAAAAAAUGUUUCCUUUAGUGGAAUGCUUACCUCUUUUUUUUUUUUUUUUUUCAGAGUGUUAUAUUUUCCCUCAAAGUUACAUCAGAAGGUUAGCUGUGGUUAGGUUAGUUUUAGAGUAAUUGAAAAACACAAAUAUUAGUUACAUUUUAUUUUGUUUAAUAAAGGAUAUUCUCACAGGGUAGAUACUUGAGUAUAUACAGAAGUGAGCAUUCACCAUUUGGUA